UUCUUAAUAAUUAUUAAUUAUCAAUUAUUGCUAACCAAAACUUGCUAAUCCUCACUAUUACGCAGUCAUCAUCAGCAUCACAAGCAAAUCCACAAGCAGCCCGAUUCCUUCCUUCUGCCACGUGGAAUCCGUUGCUGACGUCAGCGCUCGCAAAAACCAAGAAACGCCCUUGCUUUAAAUUUUUCUCAAAUUCCCGCUCCUAACAAAUCCGCGACAUUUCUUUUUUUUUUUUAAUUUUUUGCUGCUAAUCAUCCGUCGACAUUUCUUGCUCUCUCUCUCUCUCGCGAUGAAAAAGAAGAGGGGCGAUCCAGACCGUUCAAUCCAUUGCGACAACAUUAGGUGGCGAGGUAUGAUGUCGCCACGUGGCAUGAUCAUCCUCCUCUCGGCGGUGCAACACCGUGGCGUUGGUGCGCAGCCAAGCACCGAAUUGCAGAACAGCUCGUACGGCUACCUCGCGAACUUCAACUCAUCAAUGGCGAUCGUCAUCGUCUUCCUCGUCUGCGCCUUCUUUCUCUUGGGAUUCUUCUCCGUCUACCUCCGCCGCUGCGCCGAAACGCGCGUCGCCACCUCCACUGGAGCUCCGACAACAGCGAGAGCUAGUCGUCGCCGGCGGGGCCUUGAUCCGGCGCUGAUCGAGACUUUCCCGAUCCUGGUAUACUCCGCAAUAAAGAGCCUCAAAGGCUCUCUAGAGUGCGCAGUUUGCCUGAGCGAGUUCGAGGAUGGCGACACGCUGCGUUUGCUGCCGAAAUGUGGCCACGUUUUCCAUCCCGACUGCAUCGAAGCCUGGCUUGCUUCUCACGUCACGUGUCCGGUUUGCCGAUCGAAGCUUUCGGCUGAAUCGACCGAAACUGCGACGUGUCGGCAACUAAACGACGAGGAAUCGAAUGUUCGAGAAGGUUCUUCUGAAUCUGUGACGGAUGGCGAUCGCGCGGUUGUUAUCAGCGUCGAUGAAAUUCAGGUAAAUCGUCCGCCGAGGAGGUUGCCGAGGUCGCACUCGACGGGUCACUCGGUGAGUCGACUCGGACAGUGUACGGAGAGGUAUACACUAAGGGAGCUGGCGAUGAAGCGGUGCUCCAGCUACGACGUCGUUUUGCCGUGGGUCGGGACGGGUUCGGACCGGCAAACCGGGCGGUUCUUCUCCAGGGGUAACCGUUCCGUUAAGUCACCGAAGGGUGGUGGUGACGGAAGUGAAACGGAAGGGGAGUUUGUUGGAACGCCGCUGAGGUCUGUUAGCUUGCCGUUUGAUUGUCGAGACGUGAAGGGUGAAAAUAAAGCUGCUGAGGGAUCGCCAUCCCCAAUACUUCUUGUUUGAGUUUUUCGCUUUCUUGUCUUUUCUGUUUUUCGUGGCUGCUAUUUCGGAUAUUGAUUCUACCAGUUUUGUAAUUACUGUAAAUAAUAAGAAAUUU